AUGGAGAAAUCAUGUAUGGAUGUCUUCAUGAGCAUCAAGCCCGAACAUAUGAACAACAUCGUCUCCCUUACAAAGAACCAUGAAUAUCGCAGUUACCUCCUGCCAUCUGAUGUGCAACGAAUCUGGUUCUACACUACAAAACCAAUCCAGCGAAUUGAAUAUGUUGUCUAUAUUUCACGGGGGAAAGUGCCUGGCCAAGUUCCAGAAGAUGGCGGUAUCGGAAAUGCAGAGUUCAACGCGGGCAUGAAGAACUCCAACUACGCAUAUGAAAUCCUCAAGAUAUGGAAACUGGAGCAGCCUGUAGACUUGGAGCAGGCUAUCAAGUUUGGGUUCUUCAAAGGUCCACCGCAAAAGUAUACCUGGGUCUCAGAGGGUGUUUUGAUGGCUUUCCCCCUGUUUCGGCAGCCUGUACUGUUUGAUAGUCCAAACCAGAGGCAAUGA